ACAAGAAAUGGAGAGGUCUUCAUGUAAUUAAAUAUAGUUGUGGGUCUCCAACGUAAAUAUUAUCUUCUCCCUUUAACAAAAAAUCACUCUUUUUUCCUUCCACUUUUCUAUCGAACAGCUUUUGGAAGCUCCGACCGCCGCCGUAUUCCGAAAUGUCCGCAUAUGAUAAUGUGGUUGGCGGGAAGCUGAAACUAAAGGGAAAGGCAUUGGAUGUAAAAGCUCCUGGAAUGAAGAAAAAGAAAAAGAAACAAAAGAAGGAUUAUGAUCAAAUCUCCCAGGUUACAGAAAAUGAGCUUUCAACAGAUGGUGGUAGUGGAUCAAUAGAUGAUUCCACCAAGGAAGAGACCACAGAUGCAACUAAAUCUGUAGGUGAAGAAAAUGCCGGUCGCUGGGAUGAUCAUCUAACCCCUGCAGAGAGACGCUACAUAGAACAAAGAGAGAGGAUCGACAUGCAUAAGAUGGCCAAGACCGCUAAUAAAUCACAUCGUGACCGGAUUGAAGAUUUCAAUCAGUACUUGGCAAACAUGAGCGAACACUACGACAUUCCCAAAGUCGGUCCUGGCUGAUCAAGAACAAAUCUGAAAUUUGCUGCAUCUCUCUAUCUUGUUUAUCGCUAUUUCGCUUUUAGCAUCUUCUGUAGCUACUUUUAUAGCAUUUUGUAUUUAUGUAAUUCAGCAGUUCCUUUUGCUAGAUGGUCUCUGAAUGACAUGUUGACCUUUGAUGUUGAACCUAUCAAAGAUGUUGCUCAAAAGGAUGAUGUAAUUCUACAGAUUGUAUGUACUUAAGAAUGAAUGCCUGAACCCACUAUGUGCGUGGUCCGGAGAAAGGUCGGACAACAAGGGUCUAUAAAUCUGAGUUUUUUUUUGAGAGA